UCUCUCCCUCCUGGCCCCGGGUCACCCUCCGCUCCUCUCGCGAUGGCAGGCCUGGAAUUCUUGCGCUGCCCGGGCUCCCUGGGGCCGGCCCUUCCCUGGAGACCCGGAGGCCCCUGCAAGCUGAAGCGAGUCCGCACCGUCUUCACCCCGGAGCAGCUGGAGCGCCUGGAGGAAGAGUUCCUGAAGCAGCAGUACCUGGUUGGCUCCGAGCGCCUGGACCUGGCAGCCGCCCUGCAGCUCACGGAGACCCAGGUCAAGGUCUGGUUCCAGAACCGCAGAAUCAAAUGGCGCAAGCAGAGCCUGGAGCAGAAGGCGGCCAAGCUCUCCUCGCAGUUCGGGGUGGCACGGAUGGCCCCCUCCGGCCCGCUGGACGGGCAGGAAAGUGACAGGGAGGAGGAGCUCAACGUGGACCUUUAG